UUAAACAAAAUAGCAUCAAAGCUGUUAUCUAGUGCGAAUCAAAAAGUUUUCUAAAGAAACUGACCGAUCUCUUUAUGCUUGACAAAUACUUCCUGAUUGUAUGUUAUAUACGAUAAAUAUUUUCUUAAUCCGAGUAAUUACUGGCAUCGUCACGUCGCGUGGUAACAACCAGCCGGCGGCGUUAUCGAGAGUCUCUUCUAAGUGCUAGGGUGCCGUUUUUCUGAUUUUAACUACUGCGACUGGACCAAAAACGGAUAUACAUAUUUUUCAGUUUUAAUGUAUGUUCCACAAAAAAACCGAGUCAGGAUCACGUUCAAAACAUAUUUUACUUUAUUAGUAUCAAAAUGGAAAUAAUACCUGGAAAAAGGAAAGAUAGUCUUUUAUAUGUAUAUCAAGGAUAUACAUAUAAUCUUGAUAAAAGAUACACUCAUAUAUUUCGCUGUGCAAAAAGACGUAUUACAUUAUGUAGUGGUAUAUUAAUUAAAAAAAAUGAAACGUUUCUUGUACAAAGAGAACACAAUCAUCCAAGUGAUCCUAAUACUGUGCAUGUUUUCAACUUAAAAAAACAGAUGAUUGAAAUGUGCAAAGAGACCACUGCAACAAACAAAGAUAUAUUUGACACAGUUUCUCGACAAAAUCCUGUUGCAGCAGCAAAUAUCUCAUUCUCUGCUGUACGAUCCUUAUUGUUAAGAGAAAAGAACAAAGUACGACCGUCAUUGCCUAAAGAUAUUUCUGAUUUUCACGACUUCUUACAACAUUAUGGGCCUACAAAAUAUAUAUAUAAAGCUUGUGCUAUAUCGGAGGAUAACAAAUAUUCCUACAUUUUUAGUAGUGAUAAGCUUUUAAAAAUAUUGGAAAAGAGCUGUGAUAUCUUCAUGGAUGGUACAUUUGCAGUCAUACCCAGCGUACCAAAGUUUGCGCAAUUAUUUUCAAUACAUGCGCGUUAUAUGGAUAAGGGCAUUGCAGUAUUGUUUAUUCUAUGUGAAGCGAGAACACAAUCUGUUUAUAAAUCUAUUUGGAAAGAAAUUGUUAAAUUGGCUCCUGAUUUGCAACACAAUGUACGUUUUAUAAUGAUGGAUUAUGAGAAAGCAUCGAUGAAUGCUGUUCAUGAACAAUUUCCUGAAGCAUCUCUACGAGGUUGUUGGUUCCAUUAUUAUCAGGCAGUUUUGAGAAAAUGGAAACAAUUAGGACUUGUAACAGCGCCGGAUAAAGUACUAUCAAUGGCUAUAUUUUUAGCGUUAGCACCAUCAGAAAUGUUUUCUGAAGGUUUAAAUCUUAUGCAAACCAUUGUGGAUAAAGAAUGUAAUAAUUAUCCUAACUUAUUACUUUUUAUGAAUUAUAUGAGAAACACAUGGCUCCCAAUAUCGGAAAAAGUUAGUGUAUAUGGAUGUGCAGUUAGAACCAAUAAUCUUGAAUCGUUCCAUAACGUUUUAUUGAAAAAAAUGCGAACAACUCAUCCAAAUUUUUGGAUAUUUUUGAAUAAUAUUGCUAAACUAAUUACGGAUCAAGAAAUCACUCACGAUCGUGUGAUAAAUGGUUUGCAAGUAUCAAAAAAUCGUUGUUGGAUCGACAAGUUUAAAAAUGCAAAAAUUCAAAAGGCACAAAAUUAUUUGUCGACGGGUAUUUAUUCAUUGAAUGAAUUUUUGCAAUUCUUUGAUAAAGAAAAUUUACACAAACAAUAUCAAGUAGCAUCAUUAAUAAAUGAUAGUAAUGAAGUGGACAUUUAUGAUAACUUACACAAGAAAGAAGCUGAUAUAGUUGCAUCCAUUAGUACGAAGGACUUGAUCCAAACUAUAAAUGAUUCUUCAAACAACGUUUUUUUUGAAAAUGAUCCACUAGAACCUGAAGUCCUAAUUACUGUUGCUGAUACAAAUGCUGACCUAUAUAAAGACACAAUAUGUAACAAAAAUAAAAGGAAACUUAAUGAAAAAGAUAACGAAAAUUAUAUUACAUUGCAUAAAGGGAUGUUUAAUAAUACAGAUAAUAUAGAUAAGGAAAAUCGUUUUCAAGAAUAUGGGACAAAGAUUAACACUGAUACCAAAAAGGAGUGUCAACAAUGCCAAGUUGUCCUUACAAGAUUAGAUGAGCAACAAUUUGUACAGGAAAAAAAACGAAAACCAUAAUGUAAUAUCAAUUUCAGAAUUUCAAGAAGACAAAUUAAGGAUGCUUUUAUAAGUUAAGAUAUGCACCAUAUCAUGCUCUUAUCGUGUAAAGGGGGGUGAUCCCGAUUGACCACGUCUCGAUUGGACACCACCAAUCACAGCGACCAGUGCUUAGGAG